UCCCAACUGCUCCUUAUUUGGAUAAUAAUGGUCGUCUGAUUGAACAGCUGGCAGAUUUUAAAAGGUGAAAAAUAAUGUGUGUAUAAGAUCUAAGAUCUGUCGAGCUGUGACAUUGAACAGCGUGUAAGGACGACAAACGCAAUGUGUGUGUGAAAGAGAGACAGAGAGAGAGAGAGAGAGAGAGAGAGAGAGAGAGCUCCGUCGGCGCAGUACCGAGCGAGUCCUCCGGUGAUCUCAGAGAGAUGCUUUUCUCCUCCACAAUAAAAAACCGAGAUUUACUGAAAGAAAGAGAUUCUCCAGCGCGCUCAUCCACACACAUCUCGCGCGCUUCUGCUGAGGAGAGAAGAAACAUGCGCUGAAUGAAUGAACGCAGCCCGUCUGCGCGCGAGUGACAUUAUCAGCACCGGUUCGCGGGGGUUCAGAGUCCAGUGUGAAGAAGAUGAUCUGAUGCUGUGUUUUCUGAGUGACAGAGGCGCAGAUGGGCUUCAGCAUGACUUGCCUCUGGAUCUUAACUUUGGCCAUCAGUGUUCACAGAGUGCUCAGCGGCCCGCGGUUUUCUCAGGAGCCGGCGGAUCAGUCUGUGGUGAUCGGGGAGAGAGUAGUUUUGUCCUGCGUGGUGUUUAACUACACCGGCAUUGUACAGUGGACCAAAGACGGGCUCGCUCUUGGCAUCGGAGAAGAUCUGAGGGCUUGGCCGCGGUACCGUGUAUUGCGGAUCUUGGAUGUUGGGCAGUAUAAUCUGGAGAUCACGUCAGCGGACCUGACCGAUGACUCACUGUACGAGUGUCAGGCCACUGAAGCCGCUCUGAGGUCCAGAAGAGCUAAACUCACUGUUCUGAUUCCCCCUGAAGGUCCUGUUAUCGAGGGCUCUCCAGAGAUCCUGCUGACAGCAGGAACCUCAUAUAACCUCACCUGUGUGUCUCGAGGAGCAAAGCCACUGUCAACGAUAGAGUGGUACAAAGAUGGGAUCAUGGUGGAGGGAGCCCAUACCAGCACUGAAGUGUUAGCAGACAGGAAGAGGGUGACCACAAAGAGUUUUCUGGAGAUUCAGCCAGUGGACACAGAUACAGGACGAAAUUUCACCUGUGUGGCCUCAAACCUGGCUGCCCCGCUGGGAAAGAGGGUCACUGUGACACUCAACGUCCACCAUCCUCCUACAGUUGUCCUGUCUAUAGAGCCUCGCUCGGUUCUAGAAGGAGAGCGAGUUCAGUUUACCUGCCAGGCCACUGCCAACCCUCCCAUUAUGGGCUACAGGUGGGCUAAAGGGGGUGUGAUUCUGGAUGGAGCGAGAGAAAGUGUGUUCGAGACGACAGCAGAUCACUCGUUCUUCACUGAACCCGUGUCCUGUCUAGUCUUUAAUGCGGUGGGCAGCACCAACGUCAGUAUUUUAGUGGACGUUCACUUUGGUCCAAUUCUGGUGCUGGAGCCGAGGCCUGUAACGGUGGACGUUGACUCUGAUGUCUCACUCAACUGUAAAUGGUCAGGAAAUCCUCCACUCACCCUCACAUGGACCAAGAAGGGCUCCAGCAUGGUCCUCAGUAACAGUAAUCAGCUAUUCCUGAAGUCUGUGAGUCAGGCGGAUGCAGGACAGUAUGUGUGUAAAGCCAUCGUCCCCAGAAUCGGUGUGGGAGAAACAGAGGUCACUCUUACAGUCAAUGGUCCUCCAAUCAUCUCGAGCGAGCCGAUCCAGUAUGCGGUGAGAGGAGAGAAGGGGGAAAUCAAGUGCUACAUAGCCAGCACCCCUCCACCGGACAAAAUCGUUUGGGCAUGGAAGGAGAACGUGUGGGAAAAAGAGAGAGGGACGCUGCUGGAGAGGUACACAGUGGAGCAGAGUAGACCUGCGUCACAAGGGGGCGCCGUUCUGUCCACCCUCACCAUCAAUAAUGUCAUGGAGUCCGACUUCCAGUCCACCUACAACUGCACGGCAUGGAACGCGUUUGGACCGGGAACCAUGAUCAUCACACUGGAGGAGACAGAUAUAGUGCCUGUAGGUGUGAUAGCAGGUGGAUCUGUUGGAUCUUCCAUGUUGCUUCUGCUCCUCCUGUUUGCUCUGAUAUUCUAUCUGUAUCGACAGCGCAAAGCCAGUCGUCGUGGAGUCACGUUGAAGCCAGACAUUAAAGUGGAAACGGUCAACAAGGAGACUCACAGUCUUGAGGAGGAGGCUGCCAGCGCCUCCACAGCUACACGAAUGCCCUUCAAAGAUGACAUGGAGCUGAAGCAGGACGUCCAGAGCGACACGCUGGAGCCCAAGGCGGAGGAGUAUGAGGCCAAGGACCCCACCAAUGGUUACUACAAUGUUCGAGCUACAACACAUGAUGAAGUCCGCACUUCUAACCGUUCCCUGCUGUACCAGGAAUUUCGGCCACCAAAUCCUGCUUCAGUUUCGGCGUCAACUGGUGGCCCAGUGGCCAACAUUCACCCGGCACCCAUGGGCCGUUACGAGCCCCGGCCCACAUCCCGAAUGGCUCACAACACAUACACCCAUUUUAACACCAUUGCCAGGGCGUCGCAAAUCCAAGCCCCACCCAACCCUGUCUCCAAGACCACGGACUAUACUGGAGAGCGUGGCCUGCUGGAAUCAACCAAUCCACUGGCUUUUGACAGCUACGCUUAUUCAACAACACCUCAAUACAGGUUAGGUUUUGCCCCGCCUUUGGAGGCAGGACCAGCCUAUGAAAUGUAUCCUACUGGACAAGGGGUGGGGACGAGUCAAGAUGCUAACGUGGGAAAACACCCCAGCUCCGCCCAAUUUCCAUAUUCAACCCCACCUACAGAAUACUCUCAGAGACACACGCAGAGAAUGCAGACUCAUGUGUAACACACACUUACCAACAAAAAAGCACUUCCGUGGAAGAAAAUAUAUGGUACACGUGCUAAUUUUUACAAACUCUUACAGUAUGAAAACUCUCCAAUGCAACUAUAUGCAAACACACACACACACAUUGUGUUUUCUACCUUUACAACAACGUGAUUUAGAGAAAAAAAAGUGCCAAAUUAAUAAAUGACUGCAGCAGAAGAGGUCACAGUGAUGACUGGAGAGAAAGCGUGUAAACCUUAUCAUCUUUCCUUUUAAAUUUCAAGAAGAGGUUGAUGUGGCGAAACCUAAAAUAUCUGCACCAAAAAUGAGACACUGCAAAGCAGCAAUUGGACUGUUUUCUCCAUGUGAAUUGGUAUUGGCUGAAAGAAUGGCCAAUAAAAGGCUGGAGGGCACCAGAAGCCAUCAAUUUUUAGAUGUAAAGCCCAGUGAAGGCCUGAUUGCACUGGAGUUUACGCUGGACCUUUUUAGAUCGGUCCCAAUACUCAACCUAAUAAAAUAUAAUGCGUUUUAAAUUAUGGGAAUUGUGGGUGGGCUCACCCAAAGUUGUAUAAUCCACAAUGUGAUAUUGCAGAACAAGUCAGCGAGCUGAAUAAUUCUGCAAGUGUCGACAAUCACUUGUGAAAUAACUUACCGUACGGCCCGCUAACCCCUGCUCACACUGCCCGAGCUCCUCGUAGGAAUAGCUGUCUGCUGCCAGUUUGAACUCUUCUGAACUCUUCUGAUAGGACGGAGACGUGAGUGUCUGGGUAAAUGCCACCAGUGCUUUUAACUCUGAAAGCUGGAGUUUAUGUAACAUUUUAGGAUUUUUUACAGAUGGAUGCUACUCAAAGUGUGUCAAAGUGAGCUUACAGACUUUUCUCUGAACACACGCUCUGCCUCCUUCCAAGAAAACCUCACGAGUAUUUGACGCUCUGUGUUCCUGUGUGUGUGGAUGAGUGUGUGUUUGCUGACGUGGAGGAAAAAAAAUGAAUGUGAUGAAUCUCUUUCUCUCAAGUGUCCAUGUAUUUGUCCUUAACACUUUCAAAGUAGAGUAGAGUGCUUUUCAAUAUUUGUAUCUGAACUAAAUUACAUUUCAAAAUGCUUUUAUAAUAUUUUUCUAAGAUAGUGGUAAGGGGUCACAGAUCGAAUGAUUUUUGGUAUAAGCAAUGUAAAGGAAUUUUUUUUUAUGUUCAUGAUUUGCACAUUUGUCUAAAUUCUGUAAAGGGAUGAAGAAUCAGAUCACAAGUGCAAAGUUUAAAAUAAUACUAGAAUGGAAGCAAUUUAAUCAUUCAAGUCAUGAGUUUCUGUAAAAUCUCUUUUAUGCAAAUUAAAGGUCUUAUAUUAUGAGCUCAGAAACCUUUCUGCUCUGCAGUAAAGAUGAAUUUGUGCAAAAGAUGUUUUGCUGUUGAGUUUAAAUCUGGCUUGAUUUAGGAUUAAUCUACGGAAAUGUACAUGAGCCUUGGUCUAUGUUCAAAUGUUUUGAACAUUCAAAAUAUGCAAUGAUCAAUACCUUUUGGUACAAGAAAUUAGCGGCUCAUUUUUGAAAUAUGUAGACAUUUUACAGUUAAUUGGUUAUAAGAGCGACUUAAAUGGGUUUUCAUUAUUAACGUUAGAUACCUUAAUGACCAAGACUUAUUUGGCACCUUUAUGAAUUAUGAGAAGACAAUGAAUUUGAGACGGAAAGAUGAGGGAAUGAAUGUGAAAUACUGUUUAUAUUGUGUGACUGUGAGCAUGUUUCAGUGUGACUCCAGAUACAUUUCCUCAAGCUCCUGUUAAAAAAUAUCUGUACUUAAUUUGUUUAUAAUUAACUUUAUUUCAUUUAUGUUUUA